UUCAGCCCUGGUCAGCCAUUUUCUGCAGUUACACUGAGAGCGGAAGUCUUCGGGGAAGAGUAUCUUUAUUUUCAUUCUACCAAUCAUUCAUAUUUUAAAAAUGAGUGAUGUCGAGGAGACACAAUUCGAGGGGAGGGUAAGCAUUAUAGUUGUGUCAACCGUUCUGCACUUUACUUUCAAAUAUUCUUUCUUUCUUUUUUGCGGUAGCUAAUGCUCGAUUAGCGUACAGCUAACUUAAUCUUCCGCUUUCUUUUGUUUAUUUGCAAAUUAACUGAGCAGAUAGAUCAGCUGAUACAUACUUAUCGGUUAGUAAUUUGCAAAACAUUUAAUAUUUUGUCACUUUAGAGCUUAUGAGACCUGGCUAUACAAGGUCGAAUGUCAAAUAAAUGUAACUACGUUGUUUGUUUUUCACCAGCAUGUAACGUAUUUGUUUAAUAAUAUGUCCUUUUGGUAGCUAGUGUAUUACUUGCUCGUCUUAUAAUAGUACGUUACAGUUAUUAAAGUAGACAUUGAAUAGAAAUUUGUUAAUACAUGAUAUUUAAUUACUACCACAUUCACACAAUAGUAGUCUGUGUACUUUUGGUUUCUCUUUCCAACGUUUCUGAUCUUUCCCUACCUUCUGUCUCUUACAUCAUAUGAUUAUAUAACCAAACCAACAUCUGUAUUUCAAAAGGAGUGGUACAAUUUGAAUAGUUCAAUUCAUUUUUCUCCCUAAAUUUCCCAUGAUCUUAAUUGCUCUGAAUGUUCUUUUUUCAUUAAGGUUAUUGGUCGUGAAGGAUUUGAAGAGUUAAGGCCAAGAAUGUGGAAGAAUAUUCAAGAUAAAAGAAGGCUUUUACAGAGAAAAUGUUUACAGAGCAGACGGUUAAGUGGGAAGGGGAAAAAAGAACGGAAGAUCGGUCAGAUAGAAGCACGCUCGCAUUAUGUCUAAAGCAGAAAAAAGAAAAAAGGUUUCAGAUUGGGGUGAAGAAAUGAAAAGGAGAGGAAAAAUGAAAACUGAACAAAUGAAGACCGAAGAAUAAAAUGCCUGAGAGAAAGGAAUAGCCUAUACUGAAAACAGAAGAAUGAAUGAGUCAGAAUCCCGCUCACCAUCCAAAUCGGAGCGGGGCAGUCCUGUCCAACUCAAGAAUGAGAGCAGGUCUGGCUCUCCCAGCCCUUCCCGAGCAUCCAAACGUUCUGAAUCAAGAUCCCGAUCCCACUCCAAGUCCAGGUCCCGCUCUCGUCGGCAUUCGAAUCGCCGCUACAGCCGUUCUCGGUCUCACUCCCACCGGAAAAGGUCUCGUUCUCGCUCAUACAGCCCUGAAUACCGCCGCAGACGGAGCCAGAGCGCAUCGCCCAUGUCUAACCGCCGCAGACACGCUGGCAGCCGGAGCUCACACAGCCAUGACUCCAAAAAAGACUCGCACAGUCAUGGUGAUGCCAGGUUAAUGUCUCAUCAAAGAAGCGAUAAUGCCAAUCCAGACCCAAACACAUGUCUAGGUGUGUUUGGUCUCAGUCUGUACACAACAGAGCGAGAUCUGAGAGAGGUCUUCUCACGUUACGGCCCUUUAGCCGGUGUCAACGUUGUCUACGACCAGCGAACGGGGCGCUCUAGGGGGUUUGCCUUCGUUUACUAUGAGCGCAUCGACGAUGCUAAAGAGGCAAUGGAGCGGGCUAAUGGCAUGGAGCUGGAUGGAAGACGCAUCAGGGUGGAUUACUCCAUCACUAAACGUCCACACACACCCACACCAGGGAUCUACAUGGGUCGGCCCACACAUAAUGGAGGUGGGAGCAGCAGCAGCAGUGGUGGUGGUGGUGGUGGUGGCGGCCGAAGACGAGACUCAUAUAAUGAUCGUGGCUAUGACAGAUAUGACCGCUAUGACGAGUAUGAUUACAGAUACAGCAGGAGGCGCUCUCCUUCACCUUAUUACAGCCGGUACAGGUCCCGCUCAAGAUCUCGCUCAUACAGCCCACGACGAUACUAAGAAGAUCCUGAGGACUUCUUUCUUUUUGCCUGUUUGCAUCAAGUUAUACAUUUAUAAAAACAUGAAGUACAUGUAAACUCACUGUACUUGAGAGAUUUGUUUAAUAAAUGUCUUGAUUUGUAGACUCCCUAGUAUACAAGUUUAGGGUUUGUGGCGAUCAUAAAUACUGUCAUCAUAGGGUUUUAUGUGCGGGACUUCUUUUUUUGUUGUUGUUUGUGUAGUGUGCUCGUAUGGUGUGAUAUAAAUUUUCUUAAAAAACUGGGCAUCUUUUAGCGGGAAUGUAUGCUGUACUAAGAGUGUGUGAGUUGCUGUACAUUUGUGUGACAGAGCAUUGUGUUCUUGAGAAAGAAAGCUGAGAUUGCCUGUUUAUCUGUGACAUAAAAAAAACUUUAUUUUCAGGAUGAAUUUGUGUUGCUUUGUUUCUUUCUCAAGAAAUAAUGAGCUUAAAAAUAAAAUGUUUCUUUCUAUUCUGACAA